CUCUAGGUGGAGCCUUGGAUUGUGGGUUCCUGUCGUUCAGUAAAACCUAAACAAAACCGGUGACUUUUUAAGCGUUGUUGUAACCCGUUAUUUAUGUCUACGCCUCUGCGAGACCAGGAGAAAACUUACCAGGAGUACACUACUUUGGAAAACAAUUGAACGUCUGCUGAAGAAGUACGACAUUUCCUCCCGCAACAGCAGGACAUCAAGCCAGCUGAUUUGGCACGUUUUUCAGUGUUACAGCAACUAUACGAAGCUGAACUUGGUUAAACUGGAUUUGACAGCAAACCUGCACAAGGGAAUCUACAUAGUAUAUAACUCUCUGUAAAAUUAGAAAUUAGUUUGUAUGUUGAAGUCGUUUUUGCUUCAAACAAAGCCAUUUUGAGUCAGUGAAACUGCGGCAAAUAUAAAUGUACAGUUGUGUAUAUUAUAUAUAGAAUUUAUAUAUUAUAUGCUAUUUAUGUACAAAUGGCAUGGGUCAGUCAAAAGGAAAGCAGAACUAUAAUUUAGAAAAAUACAGGGCAACCAAUGACCCUUCAGAAUUGUCUGAUGUGAACAUGGUCAAGGUGGAGAAACGGAGAUUGGACAAAGAAACUGAAAUCUCGCAUGGAAUAACCACAUGGACUAUAUGCCUGUCAGGAUUAAAUAGAAAUUCAUCUGACGUCAAUCAUAAUAAAAGGCAAAACAUAGAGAAGAAUGUGCAACUGAUGGAAGAAUUCUGCAAGCCAAUCAUAAACUACUCAAAGGAGCUUCCUGAGCUGGUGAAGAAAUACAACGGGUCUGAAAUCAAACUAAAGGAACCAAAAGACUAUGCAGUCAGAAUCACAGAUCUGGAUGGAACCGUCUACUGGGGAAGAGAUGAGAUGCUGGAGAGCUGGAGUGAGCUGUACCUUCCUGAGCCAACGGAGAUGGUUGUCAUUGGUGCCAUUGAUAACUUCCCGUCUUUGGCAGAGGGACUGCAGCUCAUCGUGCUGGUAGACAGCCAGGGCAAAGUCUACUUCUAUGAGAAUGAGGUCCUGCAUCUUAUAGCUUGCAGCUUGAACGACUUCUUCAAGGAGGGUGCGACGUCUCCUCCUAUUCAGAGCCAUAAAUAUGGACAGUACAUUGCACCAAAGUCUAAAGAGGAGUAUUUGAAACUGCUGGAUGAGAUUGCAAGGACUGAAAAAAAUACAGAGAAUUUCAUACAGAACAAGGACAAGGAUUUAACAGAAUUGUUGGAUUUCCUUGAAUGUUUCUAAAUCUUGAGGAUCUACACAUGCUGUUUCAUAGGGCAGUGUUUUGCUGCAGAGUGUAAAGUCAUAUCCUGGGAAAUUACGCAUAACUAAAGAAAAUGUAAAUCUGAGAA